UCCUCCCCAAUUAGAAAACAGUAGGACGAAAAAACUAACUCACUCCCCAGUUGAACGAAAAACAAUAAAACAUCGAAUCCUAAAUCACUGCUGAAAAAUCCUAACUCGUUGUUGCGUCAACGGUGUGUCAACGGCAGUGCGAGUGCGUCAACGGCAGCCCAUCUUUUUCCCAGGUAAAUUCUCUUCUCUUCGAUUUACAGUAGAAUCGAUUUAUAGUAGAAUCGAUUUCUAUCUUGAAUCGACUUCACUGCCGAAAAAACCUAACUCGCUACUGCUUCAACGGUAAUGUGAUUUACAAUGUGUCAACGACAGUACGAGUGUGUCAAUGGCAGCCUAUCUUUUUCCAGGUCCAAGAUCCAUUUCACAUACAUCGUAUCGGAGCAUCUUCAGUUUUGGUGGCAAUUUACAUAACUUAUGCUACUAGCAGACGGCUUACACAAUCUGGUGCGCUGCUCUCCCCACGACCGUUCAAGGCAUUGCUCCUUCUCUCAGGAUAGUUCAGAUGCCGCUUCUUUCUCUGGUGCCUUUUCAGGCGUCACUCAUCUCUCUAGUGACUAUUUCUUACCUCUUGUGGUAUCUUUAAGAUUGAGUGGUGCCCAAGGCUCGGUUUACCUAACCGUUUGCAAAGUAGCACGGGAUUGGAAAAUUCUGCCCCUUCAACUAAUCCUGCAAUUCUAUGGUCUAUGGAUUCUAUCCACUAUCACCGAACUCUUACUGUGGAUCCUUAGAGCCAAUGCCAAUUCCAGGAGGUAAUAUUGGUCUUGCCCAUGCCUUAUUUGUAUCCAAGAACCGAAAAAUCCCUAAGAUACGGAUACAAACUCGUCAAUUGGGAAAUUUGCUGGAUAAGUGGAUUAUCAUUGCGGUUGAUUCAUGGGAUCGUUUGUCCCAAUAUCAACCCGGUCACUAUGUCAGGACAGUUGGAGAAAUAGGUGAUAGGGAUACUGAAAUAGAGGUGGUAUUAAUAGAGAAUGAUAUAGAUGCUAGACCAUUUUCUGCUCAAGUGUUGGCAUGCUUGCCGCCGUUACCUUGGUUUGUAUCUCCUCAAGAUUUGACAAAUCCUAUUAGACAGGAUUUGCGUCAUCUACAUAUAUGUAGUGUGGAUCCUCCUGGAUGCAGGGAUAUUGAUGAUGCAUUGCGCUGUAUGCCUCUUCCAAAUGGAAAUUUUGAAGUGGGAGUUCGUCAUGUUUGAUUUCGAGAUCUUUUGGUUACCAAUAUCAUCUUGUUAGAAGUCGUUGAUUGGAAUAGAAAAUUUCGAAAGAAUUAGGUUCAAAUACAUUUCCUGGGAUCCUUUUCCUUUCAAUCUAUAAACAUGAGAAUUGUUGAAGUAGCUCCGUGGCCCAUGUUACUGGGGUCAGAGAGUAAGCUGGCGAUGCUUUCGGCUACUGGAUUUUUGCCAUUUAGGAUGCAACAUCCGGGCUGCUUCGCCUAGCAACAUGACACUUAUUGCUCUCUUCUUCCUGCUUCAUCUAAUGAAUUGUCUUCACUAAUAGAAAGAUAGGAUUGUUUGCUUCAUAGUGUCGAUAUAUCAAAUAAAGGCCCCUGAAACUAUUUUUCGCCGCGUCUCAAUAUUGGAAUGGUGGAUAAUGAAUGAGUCUGUGUAUCUAGUCUUAAUCAAGUGAAAUGGUUGUCAAUUGGAUCUUUUUUUGACUUGAAUUUUCUUAAGAUGGUAGAAUCAGGCUGAUCAUGGUUUUGUUUA